ACGUAUAAAUUCGCGGUCGUCGUUUUCAUAUCACACUUCGGUCAGUGAACAGACCAUGGCGUUGAGAAUACUGUGCCUCCUCAGUCUUCUGGCUUUCUCCCACGCUGGGAUCCUUCCACUCUUUGAUCCCAGAAUCGUGAAUGGCGAGGAUGCCAAAAUAGGCGAGAUACCGUAUCAGGUGUCUCUUCAAGAACGUGCUUCUAACUUCCAUUUCUGUGGCGGCUCCAUCCUGAACGAUAACUAUGUCAUCACAGCAGCCCACUGUGUUUCCGGCAAAUCUGCAAGUGGAAUAAAAGCUGUUGCUGCAACGAUUGACCUAACCAAACCGAAAUCGCAGCAUAAUAUCGUAAAAAUUAUUGUACACGAAGAAUAUGACGCAUCUAAUUCCUGGAUUAACGAUAUCGCUCUACUGAAGGUUCAAAAUCCCUUCAAAGAAUCGUCCACCGUCGGACACGUUCCUCUGCCACCAAAAGGUCACGACGUUAAGGCUAACGAUGUAGCCGUUGUCUCGGGAUGGGGCAGACUCUGGCAAGGUGGACCAACUACCACUAAGCUACAACGAGUCAACAUCCUCAUCGCUGACCAAAAUUACUGCAAGUAUAUGUACAACAAUAUGGGAUACAAUGUCCGUCCUACGCAAGUUUGCGCGUAUGAUCCGUCAAUAGAGAAAGGUUCUUGCCACGGUGACUCUGGUGGCCCAUUGACUGUCGGUGGAAAACUCGUUGGAUUGGUAUCCUGGGCGAAUGGCUGCGCCAGCACCACCUACCCCACCGUCUACACACGCGUUGUCUCUUAUCUGGAUUGGAUUAAGGCUAACGCGGUCUAAACCUACUAGCUUCCAACUAUGAUUCGUACUCUGUCCUUCGUAUAACUUACUAAAUGUCGGUCCUUACAACCGAGGGAAGGAGAUAUUUCUUCAUGUAAAAAAUGUGUGAUAACGAUGCGACAUAGGGUUGUACAUAGUAGGUGCCCUCAAAAUUCUGUACACAUUUUCGACGAAAUAAAUAUUAAUGAUUCAUUAAAAAAAAA